UCAAAAGGUGCAACUAUAACACUGAGAGGCACUAUUACCGGCCAGUUUAUUAUGUUUUACAGAUUGACGAACAAGAUGAAACUGUUACAGUACAGUUUACAGAAUCUGCGACUGUCAUGCAGGGAACAAAAGGAAGUCAAAUUAUCACUAUCACGGAUAAUGACCUUUCGUACUUUGAGUUUAGCAGUAAUACCUACUCUAUAAACGAAGACCAGAAUGCUGUGAUUACGAUCAAUCGGAAAAGCCCUGUUGGUACUGUUGAUGUCGCUGUAAAGCUUGCUAUCGCCCAUGUGACGACCAACAUUGCUGACGUGGGUUCAUUUACGCCCACUGUUAACUUCCCAGCAGGAUCUAUUUCACAGCAAUUUACUGUUAAUAUUGUGGAUGAUAUAGAGGAUGAAUCCGAUGAGACAUUUACUAUUGCGAUAUCAGCUGUUCCGAAUGUGUACAAUAUUGUACCUGGUGGUGUGGGAACUACUACCGUCACAAUAGUUGAUAAUGAUGUGAAUGUAUCGACUGCUUAUAUCAACACUACUGAAAUGUUGGAUGCACCCAAGGAUGAUCUUGAACACCGCAACCACUUUUCGUUAUGCACAUUUUUAUUGCAGAAAAUGACGGCUCUACUAUUUAUCAUCAAAAUAUUGAUCCAAAAUGCAGGGCCGCACACGGUGGGGGGAGGGGGGGGGGGUAGUUGUCCUUCAGAAACAUACAAAACGUCUUUGUUCAGAUCAGUUCAGUUUAAAACAGUCAUUUGCUUCUACCUAGAGAAAGCACAUUACUGUCAUGAUUCUAUUUACUGCUACCCCACACAUUUGGGGCAAGGUAUGGGCUUGGAACAUAAUAACUUUGUAUGAAACUUAAACAAAAUAAAAUUUAGUAUGUUAAUCGCAGGACUCUUUCAAUGUGCAUCAUUCAGAAAU